ACACCUUCCAUGGCCGAAAUACGUCGUAUCAUGACGGUGAACGCUCUGCUACGGACUACAAAGAGGACUGGCCCCGCGUGUAUCAUAGGCGAAUACAACGUUUUCUUCAAAUUCACAGACAAGAUGGUUACUUUUCGGAUCCGGACCCGGACCCAACAAGUAUCAUCCUGACAUCUAUCAACGUUAUGCAGCCCCGCUUUCCGGGAUUUGAAGAACACGCGAAACAUUAUGUUCUUGGACUUCUUAGCCUGCAUCGCACAUACGGCCAAUUACCUCCUGAAACGUUUGCUGAUGACGACUACGCAGGAAAAAUCAAUGUUGCAGUGCCAUCACUGCGCCGAAGGCAAGAUAGUCAUGGCCAUAGCUUGAGUAUAAUGCCAAGCAGACUCAUUUCCAUUUGUGGUCUGUUACUUCGAUCGACUAAAUCAAAUUCGUUCAAAUUCACAAGCGCUUGCCUGUACUUCGUCGAUCCCUGCCCGCCAGCCCAACUUCUCUGUCAGCCGUUCAGUCUCCGACAAUGGUCAACCUCAAAAGCAAGUCCUUCACCGUGCUUUAUUUUUCAACCCUUCGUUUCCGCCGCCAACUACCUCUCCUCCCUUACUCUGUCCAACACGUUCUUUUCAAACACAUUCUCUAUUCACGAAGCAACCACGUUCUUUACGACAAGUGACGAAACAAUGUCUAAGCUCACUAUUAUAUCUGCCUUGCUUCUAACAUCUUCACGCAUUAUUUUGGCGGCUCCCGUCCUUAAUUCUCGUGCCGAUGCAAUCAAUUUGCCGGGCGGUGUUUCUGGCGUUCCAACUGGAACUACUGACCCUGUGGAUCUUGUUGACGCUAUUACUUGCGAGAUUUUUGGCAUGAAACUUGCGGAUCCCCAGGAAGCCCUUGGACGUGCUCAGUCGGGUGCCCUCCAGCCGCCAUUAUCGUGCAACUGCGGUGUGGCCGAAUUCACAUCGCUUAUCCAGCAAUGCAUUUCCUCAGGUUCCCGUCAUUCUAAGUUCGCUGCAAGACCAAAACACGAUACAUCAGCUCUCGGUGCUCAUCGUCAAGCUUCUACAUAUCAAGCUUUUGACGGUCCGCCCAGCACAGCCCCCGGGAACAACGUGGUAGAUGCGACACCACAAGCUGCAUCACAGGCCCAGGCUACUUCUGACAAUAGUAACCAGACCAAUGGACCCAAUGAUAACUCUGGUUCGGAGCCCAGUGGCUCUACCGACAACUCUUCCGAAGAAUCCACUAACCCCACGGCCGAGACAUCCUCUCGCGUUGCUACUGCAGAUGAUAACAAUAGUGCUGUUCCAACUUCUGACCAAAUGGAUGGGAAUACGAACGGCGAAACAGGAGCACCGAAUUCUGCGUCCUCUUCUGUUGACUCGAAUAACUCCAACGCAAGUUCGGGCCAAAGUGUACCCACUUCGGACGACGCUGUUUCCUCUACUCCAGCUGACAAUAAUAAUCCUGCACCACCUUCUGAUACGAAUGCCAGCCAAGGAGAGCCUUUCAACCCUUUGGAUAAUAAAGCUGACAACGCGGAUAACUCCAAUGCGAACUCGGACCAGGAUGUACCUACUACGGACGGCACUGUUUCGUCUGCCCCAGCCGAUGAUAGUACACCUUCAGAGUCAACUGCUAGUCCGGGAGAGCCCUUCAAUUCUUCCGAAGCUGACAAUGCGGAUAACGCGGCUGAUUCCACGAACGAGGAUGAGAGUACUGCGGCUUCUUCGAACUCGAAUACCGCCAGCAAUGAUCAAAGUCCUGCCCCGCAAUCCGCCGCUCUGAACGAUGUACCCUCAUCUAACAAUGGCUUCUCAAAAUUCGGCACAUCUGGUCGUCCCGCGCACCCCUCUGGAUCAGACCAUCGUCACCCUCAAGGCUCGGAUCGCUCUCGACCAUCUUCUGGCCAUUGCGACGGUGUCGCCUGUGUAACACAAGACUUCGGGUUGCCUGGAACCAACGCUCCGAACCUGACCGGCCUGCCAGUCUCGACUUUGACCAGCGCCGGAGGCCCACUGUUGGGCGGUAUGGGGAGUUGUCCCAGCGGUGAUCUGGCACUUUGCUUGGAUGCAGGGACUGGGUCGAGGAAGUAAGUUUGAUGGUGAGGUUGAUGGUAUCGAUGUAUAUGUAUUGCAAUCCAGCUGUGCAGUAAUAGCUUAAUUAUCUACUCUAGGUCUGGGAUUCACGGCGAAGUUGGGUUUGUGAUCAGUGUGGUGUGGUAACCUAAAUACCGUACCUAUACAUCACUUUUCAC